UAUUUUGUAAAUUCGAUUCCAAAAACAUAAAACUAUAAAAAAUGGGAAAUUAAGAAAACCAGAGAAAAUUAGCUAGUGAUUUUGAGAACAUCAUUAUUAAAAAUUUAUAUCUUCUAAGAAAAAUUAAAUGUGAUUCAUUUCAAAAAAUGACGAGGAUAAUACAUAAGAAAGACGAGCAAACAACAAUUGGCGCAAAAGUGAAAAUUUAUGCACACAAAACCCACAAGUCAUGAAGAUUCUCAAAAUUUGAAAAUAUCUUUGGAAAGUGUCUGAAUCAUUAGCUGGGAUUAGUUCUAUGAACUUGACGAAGGCAUCAUCUUAGUGAAGUCAAUCAGGUGGUAUGUCUAACGUACUCAACACUUACAUAGUGGCUGGCUACCCCCAAAAAAUAUUUCCAGGUUUCACACUUAGAUAAACAUUGUUUGGCAAGCAGAAGAUUGAUUAAUUUUCUGCAACAUAUGGACCGAUUAUUAGAUCAUAAGAGUCUCUUGUAAACUACUAUAUAUAUUGACCUUAAUCUAUCAACUAAUUGUGUUUACGUGCCUUCUGAGCUAGAAGUUUACACACACUUACAAAGUAAACAAGAAUCAAGUCUUGCAGAAAUUGCUUUCUGUUUUAUCGAAAAAAAAAAAAAGAAAAAGAAUAAACAGUACGCUUGCAAAUAUUUAGUUUAUGUAUUCUUUGCCCUCUUUUUAAUUUGUUCUUUAAAUAUUUUGUAAAUUCGAUUCCAAAAAGAUAAAACUCUAAAAAAUGGAAAAUUAAGAAAACCAGAGAAAAUUAGCUAGUGAUUUUGAGAACAUCAUUUUUAAAAAUCUAUAUCUUCUUAGAAAAAUUCACAUAUGAAAUGUGAUUCAUUUCAGAAAAUGACGAGGAUAAUGCGUCAGAAAGACGAAGAAACAACAAUUGGCGCAAAAGUGAAAUUAUAUGCACACAAGACCCACAAGUCAUGAAGAUUCUCCAAAUUUGAAAUUAUCUUUGGAAAGUGUCUGAAUCAUUAGCUGGGAUUAGUUCUCUGAACAUGACAAAGGCAUCAUCUUAGUGAUGUCAAUCGGAUGCCAUGUCGAACUUACUCAACACUUACAUAGUGGCUGGCUACCCCCCAAAAAUAUUUCCAGGUUUCACACUCAGAUAAACAUUGUUUGGCAAGCAGAAGAUUGAUUAAUUUUCUGCAACAUAUGGACCGAUUAUUAGAUCAUAAGAGUCCCUUGUAAACUACUAUAUAUACCUGACAUUGGGUGCUUAUUUCUUCACAGCUAUACAAUUUAGUAAAAACUCUACUUUCUUUUUUUUCUUCACUGUGUAAACAAUGACUCUAAGCCUUGUCUUGUUUUUCAUUUUCGGGACUUUGGCAUCUCAUGCCAUUUCCCGCACAUUGCCUGAAGCUGCCAUUGCUAACAAACAUGAGCAAUGGAUGGCACGUUUUGGUCGUGUUUAUGAGAACCAAUCCGAGAAGGACAAGCGUUUUAAGAUAUUCAAGGACAACUUGGAAUAUAUAGAGAACUUCAACAAUGCAGGGAACAGGACUUAUAAGUUAAGCAUUAAUGAGUUCGCAGACUUUACUCAUGAUGAAUUCCUAGCGGCUCGUACUGGCUACAAGAAGAGGGACAACCCAACAACAACGACCACAACAUCAUCAUUUAGGUAUGAAGCCGUGACAGAAGUUCCAACAAGCUUGGAUUGGAGGGAGAAAGGUGCUGUCACCUCUGUUAAGGACCAGGGCGAAUGUGGAUGUUGCUGGGCAUUUUCAGCAGUGGCAGCCAUGGAAGGGAUUGCCCAGAUUAAAACUGGUAAGUUGAUCUCAAUGUCUGAGCAACAACUACUGGACUGCAGCACAAACGGCGGCAACGAGGGUUGCAAUGGUGGUUGGAUGACAAAUGCAUUCCAAUACAUUAUUGAAAACCAGGGUCUAACCACAGAGGAAAACUACCCAUACGUGGAAACGCAGGCAACUUGUGCCAUGGAGAAGGCGCAAGCCCAAGUUACUGACAUCAGUGACUAUGAGGAGGUACCUUCCAAUGAUGAGGAAGCAUUACUUAAAGCUGUAACAAACCAACCUGUCUCAAUUGCCAUUGACGGGAGUGGAAGAGACUUUAAAUUUUACUCGGAAGGAGUUUUCAGUGGAGAAUGCGGGAAUUCUAUGUCUCAUGCUGUCACUAUUAUUGGAUAUGGGACUAGUGAAGACGGUACAAAGUAUUGGUUGAUCAAGAAUUCAUGGGGAGAAAGUUGGGGUGAGAAUGGCUACAUGAGGAUCCUGAGAGAUUUUGACAGCCCCGAAGGUCUAUGCGGCCUCGCCGAGGAAGCUUCCUAUCCAACUAUCUAAUUAAUUAGUUGCUAUAUAUAUGUUUCCCAUAGGUGAUAUAUAGCGGACAUGUCUUCUUACGUCCAGAAUCACUGCUUGUUUUCCAUUUCAAAUAUUGUGAGUGUUGUUAGAUUUGAGCUUGCUGAUUGAUGCAUAAACAUCUAAGCAUCAAUAUAAAAUAAAUUGAUGAUAAGUAUUAUUGAAUGAUGAUACAGUAUUGUGCUUAUCUAUUUAUUCUGCUUAACUUAAAUUCUUGACACAACCCGUGUAGCGUAGAAUGUCAAGCCAAUUGCCCUGGCUUUUACAGUACCAAUGACUGGGUGAGCUUGGAUUAAUUUUAACAAUUGAUAUCAGAGCUAACUCAUCCCAAACUCCCUGAUUCAACCAGUAAAGGAGCCUUACAUGGGUUGUUUAAUUUUUGGUCGGGUUUAACAAAACCCCCCACACUGUUUUUAUGUUUUGUCGGCUCAAAUUUGAUGUUUUAUUGUGACUUGAUGUUUGAGAAUGAAAUUGACUGAAAAAGGAUUGAAAAGGGGGCUGAAAAAUGGGAGAUAUAGUCGGGCAGGUCAAAGUGUCACGGGUUGAGACUCAAGCUUUAAAUUCGUACGAUUUUGGGAUCCGGGCAUUCACCCUUCCGGUAUUCCAGAUUAACCUUCCUGUCACGGUUCACACUCUUGUGAGGUA